UUUAAACAAGUAUACAAUUACUAGUUGAUUCUUUUGCAGAUACAUGAUGAAACAAGAACUGGAUUCUCCGGUGAAAAGAUCAUCAAGAUCUCCCCACAUGAAACCUCCCUUCACUUUGGGUGAUAUUAAGAAAGCAGUCCCUCCGCAUUGCUUUGAGCGUUCUGUCAUUCGCUCUUUGUCACGCCUCCUGGUAGAUGUCAUUAUUUUCUUCUCGCUUUACUAUAUUGUGGCGACGUAUAUCUUAACGUCAGAAUUAGUACUGUCUUCUAGAUUAUAUUUUGUUACGUCUUGUAUUAUUUACUCUGCACUUCAAGGAUGCAUUAUGGCUCGAUUUUGGGCCAUAGGUCAUGAAUGCGGACACAAUGGCUUCAGUGACUACAAAUGGCUGGAUGACACAGUUGGAUUUAUCGUCCACUCUGUCGUCCUGUUUCCUUAUUUUUCGUUUAAGUACAGUCACCAUCGCCAUCACUUGAGAACCGGAUCUCUUGAAGAAGAGGAAUUUGAUAUCCCUUUACUCAAGUCUCAAGUUCCUCUGGUUUUCAAAUACCUCAAAAAUCCACUAGCAAGACUCUUGGUUAUUGCUGCAGUUCUAAUGGUGGCUGUGCCUCUGUACUUGCUUGUCAACUUCCGUGGUCGAGCUUAUGAUCAAUUGGCCUCCCAUUUUGAUCCUUAUAGUCCCAUAUUUUCACAUAAACAACGCGUUCAUGUCCUGCUUUCUGAUGCUGGAUGCAUUACCGUGAUCUAUGUACUAUACACUCUUGCUCUUUCGAGAGGGUUCACAUGGGUCGUUUUCAUUUACAUCGGACCAUACCUAUUUCAAAAUGCUAUGCUUAUCAUAGUAGCAUUACUUCAACAUAGAAACCCUCUUGUACCUUACUACAAUUCCUCCGAGUGGGAAUGGUUAAAGGGUUCUUUGGCUACCAUUGAUCGCGAUUUUGGAAUUCUCAACACGGUGUUCCUGCAACAUCCUAAUACUCAUGUAGCACACCAUCUCUUUCCGAAAAUGCCACAUUAUCAUGCAGUGGAAGCUACCAAAGCAUUUAAGCCUGUAUUGGGGGAGUAUUAUCAAUAUGAUUACACCCCUUUCUAUAAGGCACUCUGGAGUACUGUGAGUGAUUGUGUCUAUGUCGAGGAAGAUGAACAAAACAAAGGGAUAUACUGGUAUAACAGUAAAUUCUGAGUUUACAGGGUUGCAGGAUAUCCACAAUUAAGCGUCUAUUUUAGCAAAAUCAUGACAAUGAUAAUGGCGUAUUCUUUUAAAUCAUUUUGUUUACUUGAAUUGUAUCAUCAUUGUAGUCGUUGAAGUUUUACUUGGAAACGAAGUCCGAUAGAUGCCUGGA